AUGUCAAAAUCUUGCACAAGAUUAUUCCACAAUUUAAGAAAUGUUACACAUGCAGUUAAAAGAAGUUUUCGAAGUGAAAAAUCAAUAACGAAGCAAGAGGUAAAAGAUGUUUCUAUACCAAUGCCCUGGGGCCACAUAUCAGGAAAAUUAUGGAACCCACAUCUUGAAACGCGACCUAUUUUGGCUGUGCAUGGCUGGUUAGAUAACUGCAACACUUUUAAUACAUUGGCCCCAUUGUUGCCAAAGCAUGUCAGUUUACUAUCCAUCGAUUUUCCAGGCCAUGGAUUAUCGUCUAGAAUUCCUGAUGGCUUAAUGUAUUCCACAUUUGAAUUGCCUGUUGUUUUGUACAGAAUUCAACAACACUUUGGAUGGGACAAAAUUUCAUUGCUGGGACAUUCCAUGGGUUCAAUCAUUGUUUUUAUGUACUGUUGUACGUUUCCUGAAAAGGCUACAUUUAAAUCAGUUAAUAAAGAACUCUGUCACCACUUAUUGCAAAGAUGUGUAGCUCCAUCACAUUCUGAUCCAAAAAAGUUUUAUUUUACUGGUGAUAAACGGUUGCCAUCGAUGAUAGUUGGAGGAAUCAAUCAAGAAAGUAUUAUCUCUUUAGCUAGAAAUAUUAAUUUGCCUUUUUUGGCUGUGAAAGCAACUAAUUCUCCAUAUUUUGAGGAUAAAAAAUACUAUUAUGAAGUCCUUGAUGUUUUGAAGAAAAAUCAUUUGUUUGAACAUCAUUAUGUUGAAGGAACUCAUCAUGUGCAUUUAAAUGAACCAGAAAAGUUGAAAGAUAUUAUAAAUGGUUUUAUUACAAAGUACAGGCCACCUGUUUAA